AUGGGAUAUGGCCAAACAUGGCUCUUCCGGUACCCCGCACCACUGCAUGAUGCAGAAGUCGGCAUGGAGCGUGAGUAUUCGCGGCAGCCUUCAUACUACGACAUGGAAGACGUGGAUGAGGAAGAAGCGACAAACGUGACGGCGAUGAUCAGUCGCGACAAGGACGUUGCGGCCUUUGCCAUGACACCAAUCGCGCCAGACAGGUCCGACGCAUUGCUUCUGGCGCUUCUCUAUCGACGCGACGACAAUCAAUUUCAUUUCUCGGCCGUUGGUUUGAGGAAGGAUUCGACGCCGACACCACUCGAUCGCGCGAUGGCGAAUGCAAACAUGCCGCAUGAGGCGUCCUUGCUUUCAUGCGACGUACUCCAGCUACCGUCUUCUCGAUCCGUCUUGUUGUUGCUGUACCAGGAACCUCGUGACGGUCGAUGCUGGCUAACGCUGCAACCAGUUGGGUCGGGGACGCACGGCGAACAAGUCAGCGGACGACGGCAACGAUUCGAACAGAGCUCCGUGCCUCUCAAGCCCGUCGUCGUCACAGCGCGCCACAACGAGAAAAUCUUCUACGGCGUGCUCCUCUUUCGCUUUGAGUCCGUCAUCGCGUGUGGGUAUGUGCACGACAGCAGUACGUCCCCUGACAACCAGACUCCCCUGGAGGCAGAGCAGCUCCCUCCCGACGACUUCGCACGGUUCUUUCCACACUUGGUCGAGUGUCCGCUCGGAGUCACAGCGUACCAUACGACCACCACGACCAGCGACAAGGAAUCGCCAACUCGUGUCUUGGCUUUGGGGUGUGCGAACGGGGUCAUCAAAGUCAUGGGGGGCAAGGCCGCCCUCGACGGGUUUGAGUCGGUGGCUUGCACAAAGCAAUUCGAAUUGGACGGUCCCAUUUCGUCGCUGCACGUGUUUAACGUUCACGCGCACGUCGACACCCGCGACAGAUGUGCCAUGCACUGCGACGUCCUUGUGAGCAGCAGCAUCGGGUUCGCGGCCGUGUACCACGAUCCGUUCGACUCGGCGUGCCGCCCGCACGUGUUGCCCGAAUCCGACUACUACGACAGCAUUUUGUGCUGUCUCUCGGCUGACAUCGACAUGGACGGCAUCCCCGAACUCCUUCUCGGCACAUUCAGCAACGCCUUGAUUGCGUAUGAGUCCAAGCCAGACUCGAGGAACGCAACCAAUCCAUCUCCAGGUACACGCUAUCCUCUCCAUGAUGGAGGUGGAGCCGAUGCCUCGGCGGCGUCAUGGCGUGUAGUCGCCAAGGACAAGUGGGAUUUCUUCUUUUUCGGCCCGGUCUACGCGAUCGUGUGCCAGGACAUGAACGGCGAUGGUGUGGACGAGCUCAUCAUUGCGUCCACGGAUGGCAUCCACGUGCUGGAGCCCGACUGCGACCAAGUUCUCGAGAAGCUUCAUGCAGUGCUCCAAGCACUACAGCAGCCGGGACCAUGAUGACCACCCCGAAACUCCCUACGUUGAACGUCCAAUGUGGUCGAUAGCUGUUCAUCGUGACCAAGUUAAAGUGGAAUCAUAUCGGGAUAUUGCGGUCUAG